AUGCGGGCGGAGACUCAGGGUAAGGAUCCAACUCCGGCUGAUAUUUAUCUCCUUACACAUACAGUGAAACAAGACAAAAAGACUUUUGUUACCAAGAAAGCGGAACAAGUCUAUAAAAGGGUUGUGGAAAUCCGGGAGGAACUUUCGGCACCUAUUGAAGGUUCUGAUGAACCUCGAGUUGUUGACGAAGACAAAAUAUUUCUUGAGGCUGCUGGUGGACUAGACAAGAAAAACAGAGUGUAUGGCAUGGGAUCAUUGCAAAGUGUCAUUUAUGGACCUGGAACUAGUGGCAGUGUUACCACUUCUCGUUACAGGGGCUCCAACUCCAACAAUGAAGAAUACCAACAAAUGCAAGUUGAGUUACAAGACAUGAAGAAUCAAGUGAAGCAACUACAAGAGAUGAGAAAUCAAGAAUUAGAAGAGAUGAGAAAGCAAAUGGAAGAGAUGAAGAACCAACUUGCUAUGGUAUUUAAUAAUAGGAAUGAAAAUUAG